AUGAACCAAACCACCAAACCACCAACCUGGGGCUUUCAAGUUUAUUAUGCAAUGUCUAUUGUUACGAUUCCCAUCUAUUUGGUGAUAUUUGUCUGUAUUCUACGAUUGAGAUGCGUCUCGAAGACUUAUCAAUCAACUUUUUAUUCACUUUUAUUGCAGCAUUGCAUCGCUGACUUGUUAUCAAUGGUUGGAUACCUUGCUCUAACCCCCGCACGAGAAAUCCCGGUGAUUCGUCAGUUCUAUUUCGACAACCAGGAAUAUUACAUCGCUGCUGCUACCUACAAUAUCAUAUACUACAGUUUGUAUGUUAGAUGUACUGGAAUUAUUUUCUUGUCUCUUCAAAGAUAUUUCAUUAUCACAUCUCCACUUUCAAAUUUCAGUUUGAGAAACACAGUGAUGGCUUUGAUUGUUGUCAGCAUCACAUGUAUUGUGAGCUCAAUUGCGUAUGGAGCAUUGUUUAUAUUUCUAAGAAAAAACUCUUCAAAACUGUCAAAAUCUCUUCGUCGAGAAGUUCAUCUUGCAUUCCAAGUUCUGGUUCUCUUCUUGGCGUUUUUUGCUGUUUUCGUUUUCUUUGCCUCUCUCAACUACCUCACGCAAUUGCAAAUGAUGGAUUGGGUAUACUAUAUUCGUGGUAUUUACCCUAUGAUAAGUGGGUUUUUAUCUUAUCUAAAUCCGUAUUGCAUCCUGAUUUUGAAUCGAGACUUGUCCCGUCAAGUUAUCAAAUCAGUUAGAUGUGAAGGCUACAAAGGCAGUGAAGCACAAGUAUCUGGAAUAGUGUCAAACGCUACCAAGCCAACCGCGGGAAGUACAAAUCUGAGAGGACCGGGAACAACUUUGGCACCAAAAAAAAUGAAUAACUCUUUGGAACCCCCACAAUGGGGUUUCUAUGUGUACUAUGGAAUGUCGAUUGUCAGUCUUCCAUUGUAUUUAUUGAUUAUCGUUUGUCUGUUAUGUCUUCGAGGCGCUUAUGCGGUUUAUAAAUCAACAUUUCAUUCAUUACUGUUGCAACAUUGUAUUGCUGAUAUGUUCUCAAUGCUUGGAUAUAUUCUUCUUUCUCCUGCUCGAGCCAUCCCGCAAAUCCGACAAUUUUAUUUUGAAUACCAAGACUACUACAUCGCUGCUGCAACCUACAAUAUCAUCUACUACACCCUGUACAUUCGAUGCACUGGAAUAAUCUUCCUCUCUUUGCAACGCUAUUUGGUUAUCACUCUUCCUCAUUGGAGUCUAACUACGAAAGUUCAAAAAGCUGAAAACUGGAAAAUUAUACUGGUUUACUGGAUAACACCAACGCUUUUGAGUAUUGUUGUUCUCAAGGAUACUGAUUUCAAAUUCGAUGGAAUUGAAAAAAUGGCAAUCAAUGCAAGUAAGGAAAUUAUUCAGAGAAAUACUGUGAUGGCUUUGUCUGUGGUAAGCACCACUUGCAUUGUUAGCUCUUUAGCUUACGGAGCGUUGUUCUAUUUCGUGCGUAAAAACUCUUCCAAGUUAUCAAAAUCUCUUCGUCGAGAAGUUCAUCUUGCAUUCCAAGUUCUUGUUCUUCUUCUGGCCUUUUUUGCUAUUCUGGUAUUCUAUGCGUUUCUGAAUUAUUUUGCGCAGACUCGUAAUGAUGGUCCAGUCUUCUACAUGCGUGGUCUCUACCCAAUGGCAAAUGGUUUUCUAUCAUAUAUCAAUCCAUUUUGCAUUUUGUGUUUGAAUCAGGAUUUUACUAGGAAACUCAUCGGUUUGGUUACUUGCAAUGUGAAUGAGGUUAGAGGGUCUGGAAAAGCGACAAACUCUAAUAAGAAGGUAAAUGUGACACUCGUUCAAAUUGAGGAGACUCGACGAUCAGUGAGCCUCGGAGUUUCAGAAUCUCCAAAUUUAACAAGGGAGUUACUUGAGGGAGCGGGUUUAACUUUUUUUGAAAUUUUGGGAGCAGAUAGAAGAGCUUAUGAGGAUUCCAAAUCUGUUAAAAAAAUCAGCAAAUUGCUCACAUGUGCUCUCCCAUUUUCCAAGAAUGGAGACAGUAUGCCUGGUAUUCUGGCGGUUAUGUGGACAGUUGCGCUCCGAAAUGUGACAGACCAAUUCAAUAUUGCUUCGACCGGAAAGUUUAUGGAAAGUGCCAAUUAUCUGGGUGCAAAACAAUGUCAAUGGUCAAAUGCGCGUAUUGUGCCAAGAACAUAUGUUUCCAGCAGUUUGUCAUCGAAUGCUACCGAUGUGUUUAGAAUCCUCAACUGUUUUUUCAAUUAA